GAUGAUGCUGAUGUGUGAAGCGAGGGGGCUGGGUUUUUGAAAAAAAAAACAGCUACACCUGCCCCUCCUCACCACAAAUUGCUGCGUUCUGAGGAGCAGAGGAGAUCUUACCAGUUGGUUUAGAUCCGCUGCAGACACAGGAGGGGGCUCACAAAGCCUAGAGACUAAAACCUGGAUUCUACACUUUCAUGAAGUGGAUCUUUAGAAUAUGACAAUAGUUCCAGAGGCUCUGGGCUGACGGAUACCUUGGACAUUGAGGAAUACUUCAACAUCAUCUCGCACUCCACGUCAACACUGAAACGUCACACCAGAGAGAAAAGGUCUAUCCUUCCCCUGAGGGACCUGUGGCACCACUGAAUGGUGGAGCCACCCCCCCCACCCCCCUUCACCCCAGUGCCAAAGAGUCAGGAUGAUGAACAGCUUCUAGUGGAUUUCCUUUUGCCCGAGCAGAGUCCGUUAGUGAGGCAUCAAGACACUGUUUUCUGAUAAGGUUGGAGAGCAGCCAAAGACACGGGGAAACAUGCCCUUUGGCGGGUUAGCAGGUUUGAAGGAGAAGGUGCUUAAACCUGGGAAGGAGGAAGUGAAAAACACAGUGGGAGACUCUUUGGGAAAACUGCAAAGGAAAAUGGACGGUAGCAAUGCAGAGGAAACAGACCACAUUGAGCUGACAGAGGACGGGCGUCCGGUGGCGUCAGCUCCUCGCGCCGCCCCACUGCUGGACUGCAGCUGCGGCGGUCUGCCCAAGCGCUACAUCAUCGCCAUCCUCAGCGGCCUGGGCUUCUGCAUCUCCUUUGGUAUCCGUUGCAACCUCGGUGUGGCCAUUGUGGAGAUGGUGAACAACAACACCGUCUACAUCAAUGGGACCCCUGUGCUUCAGAGAGCUCAGUUCAACUGGGACCCAGAGACAGUGGGGCUCAUCCACGGCUCCUUCUUCUGGGGCUACAUUGUCACUCAAAUCCCUGGUGGUUUCAUCUCCAACAAGCUGUUUGCCAACAGGGUUUUUGGGGCUGCCAUUUUCCUGACGUCGGUGCUAAACAUGUUCAUCCCAUCAGCAGCACGGGUGCACUACGGUUGCGUCAUGUUUGUGCGCAUCCUGCAGGGCUUGGUGGAGGGUGUCACCUACCCAGCAUGCCAUGGGAUGUGGUCCAAAUGGGCUCCACCUCUGGAGCGGAGCCGACUGGCCACAACCUCCUUCUGUGGAUCCUAUGCAGGAGCAGUGAUCGCCAUGCCUCUGGCCGGGGUGCUCGUUCAGUACGUCGGAUGGCCUUCAGUCUUCUAUAUCUAUGGUGUUUUUGGGAUCAUAUGGUAUGUCGUGUGGCUGCUGCUGGCAUAUGGAAGUCCCGCUGAACAUCCGACCAUCACGGAGGAGGAGAGGCUCUACAUCGAGACCACCAUCGGGGAAACAAUGCGCCAACUGAGUGUGACUGAGAAAUUCAAGACACCGUGGCGUCGUUUCUUCACCUCCAUGCCCGUCUACGCCAUCAUCGUGGCCAACUUCUGCCGCAGCUGGACCUUCUACCUGCUCCUCAUCAGCCAGCCGGCGUAUUUUGAGGAAGUCUUUGGCUUUCCCAUCAGCAAGGUGGGGCUCCUGUCUGCGGUUCCCCACAUGGUGAUGACCAUAGUGGUUCCUAUUGGAGGACAGCUGGCUGACUACUUACGCAGUAACAAAAUCAUGUCCACCACGAAUGUGAGGAAAAUCAUGAACUGUGGAGGAUUUGGUAUGGAGGCCACUCUGCUGUUGGUGGUGGGGUUUUCUCACACUCGGGGGGUUGCCAUCUCUUUCCUAGUUUUGGCUGUGGGGUUCAGUGGAUUUGCCAUCUCAGGUUUUAAUGUCAAUCAUUUGGAUAUUGCUCCUCGCUAUGCCAGCAUACUGAUGGGCAUUUCUAACGGGGUGGGAACGUUAUCAGGGAUGGUGUGUCCUCUGAUUGUUGGAGCCUUGACCAAAAAUAAGACUCGCCUGGAGUGGCAGCAUGUCUUCAUUAUUGCGUCCAUGGUGCAUUACUCUGGGGUCAUUUUCUACGCUAUCUUUGCUUCUGGAGAGCAGCAGGAGUGGGCCGACCCCGAGAGCACCAGCGAGGAUAAAUGUGGCAUUAUUGAUCAGGAUGAGCUGGCUGAAGAAUCAGAGCUCAACAUGGACAGCGCAGUGGCUCCCAAAAAGAGCUACGGAACCACAAACAAUUCCUCUGGAGGGAAACAGGGCUGGAAAAAGAGGAGAGGGGUGACCGUGCAAGAGGAGGAGGAGCAUUGUGGGAACGGCGAGUACCAGGACCGUUACCAGUGAGACGCACUAGGGGGCAAAGGACUUCCAAAACCCUCGAGUCUGGUUGCAGCUGAAAGUUUGAUUACAAACCUGUGGAAAUAUUUUAAAAAAGCAAUGGAAAAGUAACGAGGAGCAGCAGCAUCAUAUGCACCUCAAGACAUUUUUCCUUUUUGGUCACACACUGCAGUGAUGUCCAGUAAUGUCAAAAAUCCUGAGGGAAAAAUGCUCAAAUUACCGUGAUAAAAUAGUCUUUAUUAGAAACGAUUGGAGCAAAGUCAGAAAAGGAAAAUAUACGUGCAAUGAGAAUUUGAACAUUAAAUGUUAUCUAUACGGACAUAGUUGCUAGUUAGUACUCUUCCACACAAACCUUUAUGAACCGUGUUGUGUUAAAAAGAGCUUCAGAGACACACGUAGAAGUCCUGCGUUGAUCGUACUCCGUCUGUGUGGGCAAACUGAGCGUUGUGUGGCUUACUUUGGACCAACCGUUUCUUGAAAUGUUUCGUGUCAGCUAUGCAACGUGAAAAGAGACGCGCUUUUGGAAUGCAACGAUGGGUUUGACAGCAGUGUUAAUGUUACCAGCCUUAUUUUAUUUAAGUUUGCUUGUAUGUAUUUGCUCUUGCUGAAUGAUUGCACUUUGAACCGCUUAGCCCGCUCUGUCUGAGCAGGUCCUAGUUCACCAUCUGUUCUCAAGCAUUACAUCACCUUCAUCAUCCAUCCUGCUCCGAGCUCAUGAUGGGAGGUGAUGGAUGGUGAUGACGCAUUUAGUGUGACGAUAUAUAUUCUCCUGGUGUUUGUCUUUUUGGAAUCUGUCAGUGUUUGAUACAUGGCGACCCAGUUUGUUUCUAAAAAUAAUGUACUGUAAUGUUUAAUCAUAAAAGAGUAUGGGACAUUUACACUGUUUAUCUGUUUAUCAUUACUGUUAAAGACGAGUCAAUCAAUUUUGUACUGUAGAUUAGUAUGUAGUAUGUUCUUAUUUACUUGGAGAUGUAAUAUAUUUCUAUUCUGUAUUAAGAUCUUAAUACAGACACAUGAUAUCCUGA